AUGCUCGAUCCUUCCUCAAGUGAAGAAGAUGAAUCACAUAGUGGCUUUUCAAGCUCUCGUAGAGCUGUGCAACGAGGCGCCCACUCAGUUCGCUUGUCCGAUGAUCGGUGUGCAGAAAAAUACAUUCAAUUGAACCAAAGUCAGUCUUAUAAAUCAAAUGCAAGAAUUGGUGGAGGAAACGUUGGCUCUGACGGUAUGAAUGAUAUCGCACUCAGGCCCGCACAUCAUAAGCAACACUCAUUCGAUUCACAUGACCAAGCCAACAUGGAUUCUAAAGUUCAUGGAUAUCACCGUGAUAAAAACACAUAUUCUAAGGAAAAAUCGGGGCAAAGUGUCACUCACUGCCUACCCCGCAGCGAUACCUCAUAUUCUCAGCAUCGCCAAGCAUCAGAACAUAUCCAUCCAGAUUCUCGCAAUCUCGGACGCUAUCGAUCUAUUGAAGAUCCCUAUAUAGAGCAGACCUCACAACUCUCAUCUCUUCCCCGUGGUCGGACUUCGUAUGAAACAACUAAUUGGUCAUCAGGCGGUAGUGUAGGUGGUUAUGACUACCACGAUGGUCUUGAUAUCAGAAAUACUGGGAGGGAGUAUGCUCAUGGAGGUGUUCCGAGACAAACGAUUUCUGGGCAACGUUUUCCUCAGGAGGCAGGCGCUCAAGCAAGCUACCAGUGA